AUGAAGGGAUUUGCAUUUCUGCUGCUCCCAGCGACGCUUUUAACUGUCGACGCUACGAUGGCAGUGGACUACGUCAUUGUUGGAGCCGGAACGAGUGGUCUUGUUAUAGCCAAUCGCCUCUCACAGAACAAGAACAUCACUGUUGCCCUUAUCGAUCCUGGGUCCGACGAACGCGGCAAUCCGACAGUCAGUGACCCUUCCGAGUGGCUCAAACUUCAGCAAACACCCAUCAAUUGGAACUAUACCUCGGUUUCUCAGGAGACUGCUAAUGGUAGAGCUAUUCCAUAUCCCGCUGGCAAGGGCAUUGGAGGAACCAGUUUAAUGAAUGGUAUGACGUACUUGCGAGGAGAUAAGGCGGAAUUUGACGCUUGGGAGGAGCUUGGAAAUCCCGGAUGGAACUGGAACUCGUUGUUUGCCAAAUACAAAGAGAUUGAAAAGUUCUUUCCCCCGCAAGCAUGGCAAGAAGAGAUAGGUGCAAGCUAUGAGCCUUCACUACACGGCUACGACGGAAAUCUGCAUGUGGGAUUCCCACCAACACUGGAAAAGGGGCUCUACGGAAAUUUCAGCAAGGCAUGGAAGGCUUUGGGCUACAAAAAAGUUCAAGAUCCGAAUGGCGGAUCUGUUGCCGGUUUCAGCGUAUGGCCAAUGACGCUGGACCCCAAGCAGAAUCAUCGCUCUGACGCGGCAACUUCUUUUUAUUGGCCAAUACAGCCAUUGAGAGAAAAUCUGUCCCUAAUUAAGGGAACUGCAACCAAGAUCUUGUGGGGGAAAGCUGGGUGUACAAGCAAAAGGCCCGGAAAGGUUGCACAAGGCGUGCAAUAUCUGGACGCUGACGGGGCAUUGUCACAGAUAACAGCGAAAAAGGAGGUCAUUCUGUCUGCGGGUGCCUUGCGGACGCCUCUCAUCCUGGAGAGGUCGGGUGUUGGCAACCCAAAGAUCCUAAGUCCUUUGGGCAUCGAAACUGUGAUUGACGCCCCUACCGUGGGCGAAAAUCUGAUUGACCAGCCCAACCUGGCCAUUAUCUAUGGGAGCAACGACAACACCACUGGCACAACUCCAUAUGCUACGUUUGCUAGUACGGAAGAUUUGUUUGGCAAAACAAACGCGGGUGCUCUAGCAUCUUCUACAAAGGAGCGUUUGGCAGCGUGGGCAAAGGACAUUGAAACCCAGACCAACGGUGCGCUCAAAGCCGCAGCUCUGGAGAAGCAGUUUGCCAUUCAGCACAAAGUCAUCUUUCAAGACAAAGUGACCACUGCUGAAAUUCUGACAGCAGCACUGGGCUCGGCCUUGGUAACGGUUUCAUGGGCGCUGCUGCCCUUUAGCCGAGGAAGUGUCCAUUUGACAUCAGCGUCGGAUACAGACAUAGACAAGCCCGUCAUUAACCCCCGCUUGCUCUCCAACGAUUUUGACAUGCAAGUUCAGAUUGCAUCUUGCAAGCUGAGUCGGAAGCUAUGGCAAACCGCUCCGGCGGAUACUCUUGUAACAGCUCCUGUGGUCCCAAGUCUGGACCAAGUUCCGCUGAAUGCCAGCGAUUCGCAAUGGGAGGCGUUCAUCCGAGCUACCUAUCAAUCCAAUUCCCACUCUCUGGGAACGGCAGCAAUGAUGGCAAAGGACCUCGGAGGCGUUGUUGACCCCGAGUUACGCGUAUAUGGUGCUGCCAAUGUUCGAGUUGUCGACGCCUCUGUCCUACCCACGCAGUUUAGCGGGCAUCUGACAGCAACUCUGUACGCUGUGGCGGAUAGAGCUGCCAGAAUGAUUCAGCUUAACGACGGCUUGGCGGCUUAG